AUGACUUCCAAUCUUAUUAUAUUUAAUCAAACAAAGGACGAAGAGUAUAACAUUUAUAACAAUUUUCGGCACUUACAUAGACACAUACGGAGCGGAUGGGAAGUUGAAAUACAUCAGAACGAUGAGAUAACUGAAAGUAUUCUUGGGAAGUGUCGAAUUUUUGUUCUUCCUUGCCCAAGAGUAAAAUUUACUGAUGAAGAAUUCUCAGCCUUACGAAAAUUCGUAAAAUCUGGUGGAUCUCUUCUAGUUUUAUCUAGUGAAGGAGGUGAAGAAAAAAAUAGUACAAAUGUGAACUUUCUACUUGAGGAGUUUGGAAUUUCAUUCAAUAACGAUUCCGUUAUCCGCACAAUUUUCCAUAAGUACUUCGAUCCAAAAGAGGCUUUAAUUUCAAACGGUGUGCUUAAUCGGUCACUUCCUAUCGGAGCCGGCGUUUUACAGACACAAAGCCUAUCAAAUACAAAUAUUGAAUGGCAAAAUGCAGUUGGCGGUUUUUCAAAAUUACAGGGUGACAAUGAAGAUGAAAACAAUUUUAGUGCUUUACUGAAUUUUGUUUUUCCAUAUGGCUGUACUCUAAGCGUGAAUCGGGAGUCUGUCAGUGUUCUCUCAACAGGAACUGUUUGUUACCCAGUUUUGAGGCCCGUCUGUGCCUUCCAUCAAUUAAAAACGGAAAAUGGCAAUGGCCGACUUGCUGUUUGUGGUUCUGUACGAAUGUUUGUGGACGAAUAUUUCAAUAAAGAGGAUAAUUCAAAAAUUUUUGACGUAAUUCUAAAAUUUUUGUCUGGUUCCUUGGAAUUAAAUCAAAUCGAUGCGAAUGAACCUAAUAUCUUCGAUGAGCAGCCCAUUCCUGAUAAUAUGCAACUUUCAUGCAAGCUCAAAUUGUGUUUACAUGAAAGCGAAUUUGAUCAUGCAUACUUCGGUGAUUUCAUUAAACUUUUUGAUCAAUCACUUACUUCAGUCGGUCUGGAUCAUUGGCCAGAAGCCAAAAGGAUUUAUGAGAAAAUUGGCUUGAGAUAUGAAUCACUAACUUUAGUGACACCGACUUUUCAAGUCCCAAUGCCUCCAUAUCAGCCCGCGGUUUUCCCUCCACAAUUCCGUGAACUUCCUCAGCCGCAGCUCGAACUUUUUGAACUUGAUGAUGCAUUUUCUACGCACGAAGUUCAACUUGCGCAACUUACAAAUCGAUGCGCUGAAAAUGAACUAGAUAUGUAUAUCCGUGAGGCAAGCGAGAUACUUGGGAUAAAUAAGAUAUUAUCAGAAACGCUAACUGGAAAUGAUCGAAAAAUAACUUCUAAACGUAUACUUGACUAUGUAACUAGAAACCUGAUUGAAUGGAAAAAAUCAACCGCAGGAAUGGAGGAAGGAGAUGAUUUGCCGCAUACAUAUUUGCCAGCGCCCGAUGAAAGUGUAGAGAUUGAUGCCGAUUGGACAAGACAACAGAAUAAUAUAGAUAUCAUGGACGACGGAGAAGAAAACUUUGAUCAUGCUUUUUCAGAAAUUUAUAAUGAUUAA